CCCAUUUUGUCGGCCCUUCCUAUAUAAACGCCCUGAGCGCGCAGCUGUGUCUCGCUCGCUCCCUUUCCGGCUCGGAGUGUUUCGGAGUGUCGCUCUCCCAGAGGACCAGUGUCAUGGCUGCCAAGGCUGAACGCACCUUCAUUGCCAUCAAACCUGACGGAGUUCAGCGAGGACUCAUCGGUGACAUCAUCAAACGCUUCGAGCAGAAAGGGUUCCGCCUCGUCGCCCUCAAGUUCCUGCAGGCGUCUGAGGAGCUGUUGAAGCAGCACUACAUCGACCUGAAGGACCGCCCCUUUUACCCCGGCCUCGUCAAAUACAUGAGUUCUGGACCCGUCGUUGCCAUGGUGUGGGAGGGUCUGAACGUGGUGAAGACGGGCCGUGUGAUGCUGGGGGAGACGAACCCGGCCGACUCCAAGCCCGGCACCAUCAGAGGAGACUUCUGUAUCGAAGUGGGCAGGAACAUCAUCCAUGGCAGCGAUUCUGUGGAAAGUGCUAAUAAAGAGAUCGCUCUGUGGUUUAAACCCGAGGAGCUCGUCUGCUUCAAGAGCUGCGCUUCCGAUUGGAUCUAUGAGUGAAGUGGACCAGACUGUCUCCAUUCCGCUCAGUCCAACACCCCCCGUUUAUACGAAACACUUAAUAAAGUGUUUACAGAAACCUUU